CAAUUAAUACCAAAGAACAAACCAAUUUAACUGCAGCUAUACCUACACCGAAUCGUUCAAAAUUCAAAAUUCUAAUCCUGUCAAUUAAUAUUAUGUAUUCGGCGAAAAAUUCGUGAAUUUUAUGAACGAUUAUUAAUAAUUAUUUCUAAUACCACUUUCCUCAGUUUUCAGCUAUCGUUAAAAUAUUGAAUGAUCAAUCAUGUCAUUUGAAAAUCUAGCCAAAGAUCUGUCUUUCGUUUCGGGAUUAGAGUUAUUGAACAAUGUCGAUGACAAGAAGUUUGUUCGUUUGGUUGAUAGGAUGAUACGAGAUUUUGAACCCAAUCGAUUGUCUUCGUUUUCCGAACCCGAACUAGCAUCUAUGGAAAAAGCAUUAAAGUUGAACAGUAAUGAAUGUCAGUGUUUACUGAAUUGCUUAAAUCAAUUAUUGAAAGAAGUUAUAAGUGAUGUGACAAAACCAUUAAUACUAAAAAAUGUGUUGUCCAAACUAUUUUUGUUAAAUGAGAAAAAAGUCGAAUUAUUUUGUGAAUGCUGGUCUACAAAUGCUGAACAAGUUGUGUCUAGGCUUCAACAAAACUUAACUCACUCAUACAGGUUAAAGGAUGUAAACUGGGCCUUGAAUAUCUCAUCAAACGUUGGACUUGGAGUUGAAUUAUCUGAUCCGGAACCUAGAUGUUUAAUAGAGUUAAAAGUUGAAGACACCCAUUAUCAUAAUGAACCAAAAAUCAAAGAAAUUAAUUUGGAUUUAGAUGAAAAAGAGUUGAAGAAGCUAUACGAUACAUUAGAAAAAAUUCAAGUAAAACUAGAUUCACUUUCAAAUUAAUAAGUGGAUUUAUUAGGAUAUAUUAUGAAAUAUUUUUGUUUAUUCACUUUAAUAUGAAUAAUAGUUGGAUUUAUAAGUAUAAAUAUUUUAUACAAAUUUGGCCAUAGUUUAUGUAAUUUGUUGAUUAUUAAUUCUAUUCUUAUUAUUAUAUAAUUGUUAUUUUAUACCAUUAAUCAAUAAAUCUCAUGUAUACAAAAAAAUAA